AUGUUCCACCCCCACAGACACCACCGAGGCCAUGUUCCACCCCCACAGCCACCACCGAGGCCAUGUUCCACCUCACAGCCACCACCGAGACCAUGUUCCACCCCCAUAGGCACCACCGAGACCAUGUUCCACCCCCAUAGGCCCCACCGAGGCCAUGUUCCACCCCCACAGACACCACCGAGGCCAUGUUCCACCCCCACAGACACCACCGAGGCCAUGUUCCACCCCCACAGACACCACCGAGGCCAUGUUCCACCCCCACAGCCACCACCGAGGCCAUGUUCCACCCCCACAGACACCACCGAGGCCAUGUUCCACCCCCACAGCCACCACCGAGACCAUGUUCCACCCCCAUAG